UUUGUGUGAAAAUGAAUGUGUGAUUGUUGGUUUCAGACCGACUUGGAGGAGACGGGCCGCGUGUUGAGCAUUGGUGACGGUAUCGCGCGUGUCUAUGGUCUGAAGAACAUCCAGGGCGAGGAGAUGGUGGAGUUCUCGUCGGGUCUGAAGGGCAUGGCCCUCAACUUGGAGCCGGACAACGUGGGAGUGGUGGUGUUCGGUAACGACAAGCUGAUCAAGGAGGGCGACAUCGUGAAGCGAACCGGCGCCAUUGUCGAUGUGCCCGUUGGCGAGGACCUGCUUGGUCGUGUCGUCGACGCCCUCGGCAACACCAUUGACGGCAAGGGACCUCUCUCCAGCAAGACUAGAGCCCGUGUUGGAGUGAAAGCCCCAGGUAUCAUUCCCAGGAUCUCAGUGAGAGAGCCCAUGCAGAGUGGAAUCAAGGCCGUCGACUCCCUUGUGCCCAUUGGCCGAGGACAGCGAGAGCUCAUCAUUGGUGACAGACAGACUGGAAAAACUGCUCUGGCUAUUGACACCAUCAUCAACCAGAAGAGAUUCAACGACGCCCAGGAAGAAAAGAAGAAGUUGUACUGCAUCUACGUUGCUAUUGGUCAGAAGCGAUCAACUGUCGCCCAGAUUGUGAAGCGACUCACUGACAGCGGUGCCAUGAAGUACACAAUCAUAGUGUGUGCCACAGCGUCGGACGCUGCCCCCCUGCAAUACCUGGCUCCCUACUCCGGCUGCGCCAUGGGAGAGUUCUUCCGCGAUAACGGCAAGCACGCUCUCAUCAUCUACGACGAUUUGUCCAAGCAGGCCGUCGCCUACCGUCAGAUGUCACUGCUGCUGCGUCGACCCCCCGGCCGUGAGGCCUACCCCGGAGAUGUGUUCUACCUUCACUCGCGUCUUCUCGAACGAGCUGCCAAGAUGAACGAAACCAACGGAGGAGGAUCCCUCACUGCUCUACCCGUCAUCGAAACCCAGGCUGGUGAUGUGUCAGCUUACAUCCCAACCAAUGUGAUCUCCAUCACUGACGGACAGAUCUUCUUGGAGACUGAGUUGUUCUACAAGGGCAUCCGACCUGCCAUCAACGUCGGUCUGUCUGUCUCCCGUGUCGGAUCCGCUGCUCAGACCAGAGCCAUGAAGCAGGUGGCCGGCUCGAUGAAACUGGAGUUGGCGCAGUACCGUGAGGUGGCAGCGUUCGCGCAGUUCGGCUCGGACCUGGACGCGGCCACCCAGCAGCUGUUGAACCGCGGCGUGCGGCUGACUGAGCUGCUCAAGCAGGGACAGUACGUGCCCAUGGCCAUCGAGGAACAGGUCGCCGUCAUCUACUGCGGCGUGCGUGGCCACCUCGACAAGAUGGACCCCUCCAAAAUCACCGCCUUCGAAAAGGAGUUCCUGCAGCACAUCAAGACCUCUCACCAAGACAUUCUGCAGAGCAUUGCAAAAGGAAAGAUCACUGAAGACACCGAUGCUAAGCUGAAGACAAUUGUCACAAGCUUCCUUAGCACAUUCCAGGCGUAAAUUAGGGGUUCAAGUGAUGUAUUGUAGUGUGCUAUUAAUUGAACAUCAAUAAGGCCAAACAAGUUUUGAUCAUCUAAUGAGUAAAAGGAAAGCAGACGUUAUAAUGCAUUUAGCUGGGCUCUAGGGCCUAGCGGGCUGGUCUUGCUUUGCACCGGUUCACACCCACAUUUCGUAGACCUUCCAAAUGAAAGGAUAGGCGAGUUAUUUUAAAAAUAUAUAAUUUAAGAAACCUUCAUAAUCUUUCAAUCGUCGAUUCAUGUAUUAUUAAUAUUAAUUGAUAAGUACAACUUUCUACAAAUAUAUGUUCUAUGGUUGAAAAUUACUGAAGGAUGGCUGAACAAGUCAUCCCUCUACAGAAAUUUAUUGGCUUGUAAUUUUGUUGAACUGUCAUAAACGAUUUCCAUGUUA